UCCAAUUUUCAACUUAAGCAUAGUUUACAGUUCCAAGCGAAGUGAAAAAUUUGACAAGUGAAAAAGCAUAAAUUUUCGCUUGCGAAAUCUGUCGUUAAAACCCGUUUGUGGAACACGCAGCUUGCUCACAAAAUAUAUUACAUGUUGCUAAUGAACUACUUAAACAAACAAUGCAGCAAACAAAACUACCGUUGCACUACUAGGCUGUCAGUUUGAGAGAGCGAAAAAAGAAAUUUGACAAAGAAUGAUUAUCACAGAAGUCUAAAUAGGUCUAAAUAGUCAUGCAAAGGGCAAUAUUUCGAUAUCAAUCAUUAGCGUUUUCUCGAAUUAGUUACCUUAUUGAAAAUUACUUUGCAAAAUCUCUACUGUCGUUAUCAAAUUCACAGUCUGUACUUUAUAUGGUGUUAGUUUUUAAGAAUUGCGUAACACAGCAACAACUUGAAAACGUUUCGCUCCACUAGAAUCGGUUAGGCGACACCGUUGCAUUUUGUGAGUAUUAGGCGCUAACUUCGAAAAAAUCAAAGAAACUUAAGCAAUUGUGAGUUAAUUAUGUUAUGGUUCGAAACACUUAUAUUUAAGCAUUACGUAUCAUAGUUAUAACAUUGAAACAUUGCAAGGAAAUUGUCUUAAUCAAUCAAUGCUAACAUGUAAUGUCUUUAAAGCGAAUGGUGACGAUGGAUUCCUCAGAAUGGUUUAGUGAAGUUUCCGAACAACUGUGGCCAGGCCAGUGCUUUUCGUUAAAAAUUAAGAAAGUGCUUCACGAGGAGCGGUCUAAAUACCAAGAUAUUAAAAUACUUGACACUUCAUCUAAUGAUUGCAGUAUGAGUUUUACGUACGGAACUGUAUUGGUGUUGGAUGGAAUUAUCCAGUGUACACAACGCGACGAAUUUGCCUAUCAAGAGAUGAUUGCAUUUCUUCCACUUUGUUCUCAUCCAAACCCUAAGAAAGUACUCAUCGUGGGCGGAGGAGAUGGAGGUGUAGCUCGAGAAGUUGUCAAACACCCACUGGUGGAGGAGGUUCACCAAGUUGAAAUCGACGAUAGAGUUGUGGAAUUAUCCAAGAAAUACCUUCCUUUCAUGGCGUGUGGAUUUGAUUCGCAUAAACUCCAGUUGACGAUCGGUGAUGGUUUUGAAUAUAUGAAACAACGUGAAGGCGAGUUUGAUGUUAUUAUUACGGAUAGUAGCGAUCCAGUUGGACCUGCAAAGUCUCUAUUUAAUGAAUCUUAUUUUGGGCUAGCCAAGAAAGCCUUAAAACCAAAUGGAAUUAUUUGUUCACAAGGAGGAUCAUUAUGGGUCGAUGAAACGCUUGUCAAGGACACUUUAUCUCACAUUCGAAAACAUUUUCCCGUCACUGGAUAUGGUAUAGCGUCAGUACCAUCUUAUCCAUGCGGACAGAUUGGUUUUUUUAUCGCCAGCCUGAAUGAAAACACAAAACUGAAUGAACCUUCAAAAGUUUUUUCGAGCGAAGAAGUCGAUAGAUUGAAGCUUCGAUACUAUACAACAGAGAUACACCGAACGGCAUUUACUCUUCCGAGGUACGCUGCCAAGCUUCUUCAUUAAAUUGUAAUGCAUUUAUGGAUAUUUCAAUAAUUCAACGAACGGUGAUUUUUUUAAAGGGGUUAACAAUAUUUUCUCUAAUUUGUUGAUAAACUGGAACUCCACAAAACAAGGUACAAACCGAGCUCAUGAUUGUAUUAAAAUUUUUAAAUAAACCUGAAAAAA